AUGUCUGAAAUCAAAAUAUGUAGAAUAUGUCUCCGAACGGAGGCCAAACUUUACAAAUUCGAUCGAUUUCAGUUAAUGUACUAUUACGAAGAAGUAAUGGCAUUAAAAGUUAACAUUAAAGAUGGAUUACCACACUAUUUCUGUUAUGAAUGUGCAACACUUCUCCACAAAUUUCACAAAUUCAAAGAAAAAUGUUAUAGAGGACAAAAAGCUCUAAAAGAACUGCUUUGGAAAGGCGCUGUGAGUAUACUUGGAAUUUCUUUAUUAAUUAAUGUAAAUAUUUUAUUGAAAAUACAAUUUAAUUUACAGAUUACAUAUGAACUAGUUUAUAAACUAGAUAGAACUGCACUUGACCUGCAGUCUCCCUUAGAAGUACUAACAAUUAGUGAUAGAGUGAAAACAUAUGUUAUCAGAGAUGAUUCAGUAAUAAAGAACAUUAAAGAAGAAUCUACUCAAGAUGUAGAGUAUAAUAGGGAACAUAGUUAUAGGAAUUCAUUUACUGACUGUGAAGAUGAUGAUCAUGGUGAGUCUGAAAUAGAUCUCAUAGAACACAACACAGAAGAUGAGAAGCCAAUAUUAUGUGAUAGUGAUAAAGUCGAAAUUGCCUUAAACGGACAACCUUGCAGUCCGACAACAGUGUUUCUUAAUGACAAAGAGAUUAAAAUGAAAAGUGAAAAUGUUAAAAUGAAUAAUGAUACAGUUGUGGCUAUCACACCUAAAGCUAAGAAAUAUAAGUUUGUAUCCAAUAAGAAACAUGCAAAGUUUCUAGAUGCAAAUCAUUGGAAGAAAAUUAAUUUAUCAGAGGAGGAAGCUAUUGAAGCAUUUAGGGCACGAGCUGAAAAUCAAAAGUAUUUAGCAGCUGCUUUUAAAUGUACAGAUUGUUUCAAAGGAUUCUCAAAGCUAGAUAUGCUAACGAGGCAUAUGCAACUUCGACAUAAUGAGGCAAUUGGAAUGAAUGAAUGCCGUUUUUGUCGUAUGAGGUUUAAAUGGGACUGUCUGUUGAGGAAACACAUGAGAGCGCAUUUCACUAAGUAUGAAUGCUUGAGAUGUCAUUUAGUCUGCCCUUUAGAGUGA